AUGUCCUCCGACGGCGCUGCGGCAGCUUCAUCCGUAGCCGACGGCGAGACCAAGGCGCCAGCCGCGAAGACCGCGGCUGCUUCGUUUGUGCGGGAAACACGCAGCAUCAAGAUUCCGCAUCACCGCUUUCCUCCGCUCAAGAAGGUUUGGAUGGAGGUGUACACCCCGAUUGUGGAGCAAUGCAGGCUUGAAAUCCGCAUGAACCUCAAGACCCGCAGCGUGGACCUCCGCACGUCACCCUCCACAUCCCCCGCCGAGGGCGAUCAGAGCGUCGCCGCCAGCAAAGUCAUGCUGCAGAAGGCAGAGGACUUCGUGAAAUCCGUUAUCGCUGGCUUUGAUGUGCGCGACGCCGUUGCGCUGCUACGCAUGGACGACGUGUACAUAGAGGGUUUCGAAAUCAAAGACGUGCGCGCCAACCUGCAGGGUGACAACUUGUCCCGCUGCAUCGGCCGAAUCAGCGGCUCGCAUGGAAAGACAAAGUACACGAUCGAGAACGUCACCCGUACACGCAUCGUAGUCGCCGACACAAAGAUCUGGAUCAUGGGCACGACACAAAACAUCCGUGUGGCACGAGACGCCAUUUGCGAUCUGAUCCGCGGUAGCCCUGCCGCAAAGGUGUACACGCGCAUUCGGGCAGUCAUGAACCGUGUGAACAACGCGUUCUAG